UUCAUUUCAAAGUUAAGAUUUUAAAUCAUUCUUAACACGCCAUGGCUGUUGCAGUGAUCUCGUAACUGAAGUUAUCUUUCGCCACAUUUCUUUACAGAAAAGAACACCAUUAGAGAGCUCUUGGAAACUAAGGUACAUUCUACCUGAUUAGUUGAAACUAACCAAUUAAUCAGUCAACUUACCAAGCUGUCUAGCACUCAGAUAAUCAAGUUACUAAGUCAUCAAGCUACCCAACAGUCCACCAUGUACUCUUUAUUCAGAAGGAGUACCCUUAUUAAAAAAGGGUUUCAAUCGACCGAAAUAAAGCAUGAAAUAAUUUUUAAUUCCUAUGAGGAAAUAGAAGAGAAACCAUCUCUUUUGGAGGGCGAUCAUGAAGACAUGAGUAACAAGCUGUACAGUUUCCACAAUGGUAUGGUUUACUUGAAACAGGUUGAAUGUCCCUCUCGGAGACAUGCUGUGGCCCCUGAUGGUGAGAUUCCUAAUUCAGUGGUUCGCAGAACGAAGGUUGUCAAAGAGGUUAUUGAAGAGAAACCUAAGGAUAAGCUAAUGUCUGGAGUUUGGAAAAUAGACAGACCGAUUGAUGUUGAUGCUGCUCAGCUUGGAGAGUCUCUGAUCAGUGUAAUUGAUCCAAGCAUUAUGACCGCGUCCUUGGAUGAAAUUAAAGCAAUGAGUGAAGAACUAUCAACGGCUGAACGUGGAAGAACUACUGACGACAAAGCAGAAAUGUAUCCAAAUCUUGCACUCCCUGGAUGGCAGAAUUCAAAACUGCACAAAAUCUGUCAGAAAUUAUUCGCGGAACCGACUUUUAAACUUGCUCCAGAUGCAGAUUGGAAUGCAGUUUUUGAUCGUUUAAUUGCCAUGCUAGAUACCAAAGAAUUUCCAGUUUUCUCCACAGCUUGCAAGUAUUUGGUCGAAUUAAACAAUUGCCAUGCUAUUUCUGAAGACUAUAGGAAAGAUGUGGGUAUUAAACUUUACUCAAGGCUGAAACCAAAGGAAGAUCCCAAUAUCAAGAUUGCUGCAUUAAAAGCUAUUGGAGCUAUGGAUUUAAGACGAGAGCAAGAUUAUGACUUGAUCAAAGAGAACAUAAAGUCUGAUGAUAUUGAUGUGUCUACUGCUGCAGUAGAGCUGAAAAUAUUGUUUAAAAUCCCAGAUGAUGUCAGAGAGGAAUCAAAGCCAAAAGUGGAAGUUGCAGUUAGACAAAAGCUACCAAGGAAGCAAUUGUCCGGAGAAGCUGGCAGAUUACAGAGAAUGUCAAGGGGUAUUGAAUCUCAAAUGCCAAAAACCAAGGUCAAAGCCGAAGGAGGUCCUGAUCAAAAACCUUUUGCGGGAACUGGAACAGAAGUUGACUCUGCUAAAUCAAAAGAGAGAAAAACAGCAGGGGAAGACAAGGAAAGGACAAAAGGAAUUCAGAAACCAGGAAAAAAAGAAGUAAAAUUAGUAGCAAUGGAAAAAGGAAAACAAAAAGAUUAUAAAGGAAAAAUAUCUGAAAAAGAAAGAAAAGUACAAAUAGAAACAACAGAGAAAGAAGAAUUAGAAAGAAAAAAAGCAGAAAUAUUAUCAAUAGAUGAGGAAAUAUUAGCACAGAAGGAAUCCAGAAAAUUAACACUGGCAGACAUUGAACAUUUGCUUCAGAAAACAGAAUUGGAAGGGCUGACAGAAGAAGAGGAGGCAAGACUUGCAGAGCUUGAAGCAAAGAAUCUGGAAACUGAAAUGGCUUUAAAAUUGAAUAAAGAAAAAAGAAAGAGAUUAGCAGCACAAAUACCUAGUUCAGUAGAUGAGGAAGCUGAGAGUUUGACAAGGGAAGAAGUUGAGAGUUUGACAAGGGAAGAAGUUGAGAGUUUGACAAGGGAAGAAAUGGAGAGUUUGACAAAGGAAGAAGCUGAAGAAUUAAUGAGGGAAAGAGCUGAAAUAAUGGCUGGGACGGAUGAAGAUCGACUUUUGGCUGAGAAAGAAGGAUUUGAAAGAUUGUCAGCAGAAGAAAUUGAGGGUUUGGAAUAUGUGGAAGAUGUUCAGAGUUCAGCAAGAGAUGCAGAAUGGAAAAAAGCGUUAGCUUCAAAAAAUUUCUCACAAGGAUUGGAAAGUGAUGUUUACGAUGAUGAUGAUGUAUCCUUUCACCACCCUACAGACAUGAUUCGGAAAUCACUUACUAAUUCUAUAUUCUCAGUACCUAUUAAAAUGUAUAAGAUCCACAAGGCUUUGAGACAUAAAGCUCAGCAAAGGGGAGAAGCUCCCCCAGAAGAGACUGAGAAGAAAGUUGUUAAACGUGAAAAACCCAGACCACCCAGUAUACCAGAUUAUGAACCAAAAAAAGUACCAGGAUAUUUAGUUAGUGAUGCUUUCAAGAAACCGGAUAAAUCACGUGAAAAAUUCUUUAAGAGGUCUUUCCUAUCAAGCCGUGCUGCACCAACACCUACACAACGACUUGUUGCUCAUUUAGAUGAGCCAUCAAAAAAUCACAGAAAAUGCUUUGAGUUAGAAAGUGCACAAAAUUUGCCAACUGUCCUGUCAGCUCAUGAAGUCGAAACACCAGUAGUGGGAGAAUCUGUGUUUCAUGCUAAAAUGCCACAACAGACAGACCAACCAGUCUAUAUUAUCGUUGAGGAUUACCAGCCACCUGAUGUUCCAAGUGAAGCACUGGAGGCAAUGCAAGAAAUAGCUGAAGAGCCAGAUAGUGAAGAAGAAUCGCAGGCAAAAGAUGAAACAGAGUCAGGUGCUGCACCACAAAUAUCAGAAAGUCCAUCUGGUGAAGAAGAAAUAGAUAAAGAAGAGAUAGUGCCAUCUAUUGGAGAAAAAAAGAAAACAAAAGGCAAAUUAAAGAAAGUUUCUGUGGAGAAAGACAAAAUGGCUGCUGCACCUGCUAAACAAAGAGAAAGAGAAGAUGAAGAAGAAGAUGAAGAAGAAGAAGAUGUAGAAGGAGAAAAAGGAAAGAAAGAAGGAGAAAAAGGAAAGAAAGAAGGAGAGGAAAAAGAAAUGGUAGCGGGCGAUAAAAAAGUUCCUAGGAAGAAAGACAAAGUUGCUGCUAAAGAAGAAGGAAAGGAAAGAGAGGACAAAGAAAUGGAAGAAGGUGUUAAAAAAGUUCCAAGAAAGAAAGAUAAAGUUGUUGCACCUACUAAAGAGGGAGAAGAAGAAAAAGAAGGAGAGGAAGAAGAGAAAGAAGGAGAGGAAGAAGAGAAAGAAGGAGAGGAAGAAGAGAAAGAAGGAGAGGACAAAGAAAUGGUGGAAGGUGUUAAAAAAGAACCUAGGAAGAAAGAUGAAGUUGUUGCAUCUAUUGAAGGAGAAAAAGAAAAAGGAGAGGAAGAAAGAGAGGAAGAAGGGGAGGACAAAGAAAUGGUCGUGGGUGUUAAAAAAGAACCUAGGAAGAAAGAUGAAGUUGUUGCAUCUAUUGAAGGAGAAAAAGAAAAAGGAGAGGAAGAAAGAGAGGAAGAAAGAGAGGAAGAAGGGGCGGACAAAGAAAUGGUGGUGGGUGUUAAAAAAGUUCCUGUGAAGAAAGACAAAGUUGCUGUUUUACCUGUUGAAAAAGAAAAAGCAGAGAAAGAAGGAAAGAGAGAAAGAGAGAAAAAAGAAAUGGUGGUGGGUGAUGAAAAAGAAGAGCCUGCAGAGAAAGGCAAGGGAAAGAAAGGUGAAAAAGGUAAACGAAAAAAGAUGGCUGCAACACCAAAGCCAGAAAUGCCAUCGAUUUCAGGAGAGUGGAAGCCAACACAGAGUUCAUCAGCUCCAGAUAUGCUAGAAGGUAGAGUACCAGUUGCUUCAGAAGAACCAACCACUACAAAGGGCAAAGUAGAAUCAGUUCCAAUUAUAAAAGAAAGAGAUGCACAAUCACCACUAACACUGUCUGGAGAAAGUCAAGGAAUUGCAGUGCAAGGUGCUGCACCACAAAUACCAAGAAAGCCACUCAAAAAAGAAAAAGCAAAAUCAAAAGAAAAAGAAGAUGAGGAAAUAGAGAGUUUGAUGCCAUCAAAAAAACGGGUUCCUGGUAAGGGAAGUGUUGAUCUAGAACCCUUGGAAGAGAUUGCUGAACUUUUAUCAGAAAGUGAAAUGGAAUUACGUAACCUUAUUAAAACAAAAGGCAGUAGAAAGGAAAUUAAGUUGACGAUUCAAAAAAAUCGUAAACUGAUCUAUGACCUCAUGACAAAACAGAAAAAGAGAGAAGCAGCACUUACAGAUGCUAAGUGGGUAAAAGAAUCAGAACGGAUAGUUUCAGCUUCAGAAGAAAGAGCAAUGGCAUGUGAAAGGUAUAAAAUGUGGGCUCAACAUAAAGAGAAUCCUGUGUUUGAAUCAAUGGAGCCAUCAAUAUCUGCUCUGGCUAAUAUUAGAUUAGUUACGUUAUCUGAUAAACCACAUGAAAAAGAUGAAGAAUUUAAACCAAGUUUUCCAAUGAAAAAACCUUAUGAAGCAAUAGUAAGAAAACCACCGAGCUCCUUGAUGCCACCCUUAUUAAAAGAGAAAUUCCUACCAAUUUCAGAAGACAAAAAUUACUCAGACAAAGAAUGGCAACACCUAAUUGCUGAGAAACAAGAACAAUUGUUAAGGAAACAAUUAGAUUUGGAAUGGAGGAAAGAAAUGAGGGAAAUGGGCAGAAAAGAUGACCAGAUGAAAGAAAUAUUUAGUGAAGAGGAAAGUGAAAGUGAAAAAGAAGAAGAAGAAGCAUUAAGCUUAGAAGAGCUAACAGAAGGAUUAAUAUUGGAGCCUGGAGCUGAAUUUACAAGGAAGGAUAAAGUUUCAAAGAAACGUGGAAAGAAAAUUUCUGAUGAUGAGUGGUUGCUUGACUUAGAACAACAGAUCAAAAGGAAAACAAAAAAGAAGCCUUCAUCUGAGGAAUAUUCAAUGGAAUCUCGGACUCCUGAAAAGUUAGUUGCUAGGAGUGAUGCAGACAUGAGCUCAAUAAAAGCAGUAAUGCCAUCUUCAAUAUCACCAUAUUUACUUGACUAUCAGCAAUUCAGUAGAGCUCAACAUGAAUUAAAACACAAGAAAGCAAUGGAAAGAUUGAAAUAUAUAGACGAUGUCCAGUUAGCUCCAAUGAGUGAUGAGCUAUAUAGAGUGACAUGGGAAAAGUCAUUUGGUAGUGCUAAAGAACCUAAAGAUAAAAUAAAAUUACCUAGGAUCAAGUAUUUGGUAAAAGCAUCUCCCAAAAGAUCUUUUACAUCUGUAAGAAGAGAGUCAUUUACAUUAUAUGGAAAAGAACUAUAUCCAUCACUUUGUGAUGAGGCAAUAUUUAAUCCUCAAAGGGAGACCCAAUUGUUGAUAGAACGAGAGAAGAUUUUUUCCAAAAAGAUAAAAAAGCCUUUAUCAGAGACCAUGAAGAAGUAUAAAGGCGUAUAUGAAGAAACAAUUCAAGAAAAACACCCAACAGAAAUUGUGGGACAUGUCAGAUAUACAAAAUGCUUGCCAGUGAUCAAAGAUUCAGGAAAAGUUAUUGAUAGUAAACCUGCACCAAAGGGUGAGAUCAAACAACCACAGAAAAUUCCAGGUGGUCUUCAGUAUUAUAAUCUGUUCCUGUCAGAAAAGUUUAAUGCUUAUCGGAGGCAGAGUGAUUAUCUUGCUCAGAAAUCUCAGAUGAAAUCAUACAAGAAAUAUUCCAGACCAGAAUGGUACCCUGAAGACAAGAAACUAAUGUACAGCCCAAAUUACUAUCAGCAACUUGAGAAGACACCAGAAGAUCAUCGCAGGCCGCAUAGUACCAUCUACUGAAAUAUGUAACACAUUAUAAAUAAAAAGCAGAAACACCUAUGCUCAAA